AUGGCAGACAAGCCCGCAGUACAAGCAGCCCUCAACGUGAAUGACCUCUUCUCAGUCCUAGGCAUCACAGAAGGCGGCACAGGACAGGCAUCGGCCUCAUCAUGGCGCGCGCCUUCGCCUCGGCGGGCACCGGCUCGACGUGCUCCAGGACGCCGUCACGGUGAAACCCCAGCCCUAUUCGGCCGUGCUCGUCCCGCUCUACUGCGACGUGACCUCCACGUGGCCUCCAAGGUCUGUCUCGAGAGCGUCGUGUCUGUCGCCGAGAAGGACGUCAGAUAUCUGAAUCUGUUGGUCUGCAACGCCGGCACGAGUGGGUCGCAGGUGAGGGCCGCGUUUUCUGAGAAAAAGGCUGCUGGGAAGGAGGUGACGCUCGAGGAGUGGAGGGAUGCAGAUGGGGACUGCGCCGAGGGGUUAUGUGUAUGGAACGAGCAAGCGGCGGCGACGCAUAUUGCCAAGAUGUUGAGCCUUGCGUUGCCUCAAUGGGGGAUUCGGGCGAAUCGCAUCUGUCCCGAUUGCUUCAGGGGGUUCCAUGGAGGGCGAAGCAUCAUCUCGAUGAACAAGAGUGUCUUCCCCCUGGGUCGCGUGGGUACCGAGGCAGACAUGGCGGGCCAGAUUCUGUAUCUUGCGUCUCGGGCAGGUGCCUACCUGAACGGGAACGCCAUUCUUGUGGUCGGCGGGCGGUUGGAAACAUUCCCAAGUGCCGGAUAUUGA